UUUGGGACAGCGACCUUGCUUCAGUACUACUACUGUUGCAUCUGAUUCCACCAUCUGCUCAAGGCCGGAAGAGACCAGGGAAAGUUUCUGCUUCUCAAGCAGAAAAUCAUCUUGUUGUCUUCAAGAAGAGUGGAACAAACAUUGAGGAGCAGCUGCAAGACAUCUCUGCGAGCGCUCAGCCCUAUCUCCUGGCUGUAGGUCCUCAGAAGGAUUCAAUUCACCAGUUCUUCAUCAUCCUUGAUCAGCAUGCCAUUCCAUGCAAGUCCACCUCUUCUCUUGGUGCCUUUGAUGAACUGUUUAAGGCACAUUAUGUUUUUGGCACCUCUUACAACACCAUGCUGCACAACAUGUACACUUUCAUUCAAACCACUGUGUACAACAUAGAUGUUGGGAAAGUGAAAGAAAGUCCUCGUGUUGCUGAGGUUAGGGCAAGGCUGCUUAACUAGGUGCCUAAAGUUCCAGUGCACUCAUGAAGUGUUUUGUUUGUGAGACUGAAUUAAAUGGUUCAAAAAUGCUUGUUAGGCACUUCAGAUUUGUUCAUGGUUUGGUUCCUGGAAAGAGCCUUCGACUUAAAUGUGUAGAGGCAGGAUGCGGUUCUGAGUUUGGUACCUUCUCAGGUUUUAGAAAACAUUUGAAUAUAAAACAUCCUGAACAAUGUGAACAGAGUUGUGACCCUAGUGGCAUCUGUGAGGCAGAGGAAGAAAGUAGUGCUGCAAUGUUUCACCAGAGUGACAGUGCUGAAGAUGUGGCCACAACAUCUGUAAUGUUAAAGUCUAAUAAGAACACUUUAGAUAUGUGUGCGUCUGCUGUUGCACAACUGAAAGUUGCUGGUUUAAGUCAGUCUGCAAUAAAUGGUUUUGUUUCAUCUA